UUACGGUUCAGUCGAAAGCUUCAAAUCGUCACGUUCACAACCGAAGGAAAUCAGAAGAAAAGCGCAUAAAGUUUACACAUACAUACGAAUAGCAAAAAUAAAAUUGUAUUUAAAAAUUAAAUUGCAAACUAAUUUUGAAAGCUUCCAAGUUUUAAUUAAUAAAUAAAGUAAGGCGCAAAGUAAAGCAACGAAUAUUUUACAACAAAAGCGCGUGCGAAUUUUCUUAAAAACUACAGAAAUAUUUGACGCGUGCUUCAUUAAAAAGUAUUAUCCUGCCGCGUUGCCAGCUGCAUAGUAUAUCCUUUGCGUGCGUGUGCAUCUGUAAACGGAAUAUAAAAGCAAAAUUCGUACAAAUUAAUUAAAAUUUAAAAGUGUGCGUUUCUUUAUUACUUUCUUGAGAAAGCUAAAGAAACUUCCAGUACAGCACUUAUCUACCUACAUACAUACAUAUGUACAUACCUAAAUAGGUAGAUAGCUUCAUAGCAUCCGGCCAGUUUUCUUUUGGGCUACAAAAAGGAAGUCCAAAAUUAUCAACGUCAACUACUGACAACUCAACGAUCAUUACGUGUUUACGAGGCAAUUGUGCAAUUAAAUUUAAAUAAAAACAACAGCAACAACAACAACACAAACAAAUAAGCAACGAAAAUGGCCACAUACGCUGCAUUCAAACAUGUUGAACUUUACAAUGUUGGCAAAACUAAAAAGAGGGUUCUAAGACCACCAGGCGGUGGCACUAGCGACAUCUUCGGCGGUGAUCUUCCACAAACUCCGCGCAACGUUAAAAAUCACAUGCAAUCGAACAUUUUCUCGUGUGACAAAAAUGGCGGUAUCAAAAAUAACGUACGACAAGGAGCUCACAGAUUCUAUUUCAUUGGUGAUCAGCCACGUCGCGGACAGCAGAAAGUUGAUUCAUAUCAACGUCUCUUCGGCGAGCCCGAGCGUCCAGUCACUCCCGCCAGGAAUCACAUGAAAAGCAACAUUCCAUUUGGUUCGAAUACUGAGGCCGCCCAAGAGUUAUUGGCCAAUGGGAAUGGUCAUCACAGCAAUGGCAAAGGGGGUUCGGUGUCAACCUCAACAUCGUCCUCGGUAUCGUCGUCCACUGAGAAUUUGAAGAUGAUGAAUGGUGUCUCAAAAACAGUCUUUCGCAAAAUGAGCAAUGGCAAUCCCGUCACCGGCGAGGGUUAUAAGCCCAGCAACUCGUUCAACCAUUCAGUGCCCAGCCUGAAUGGUGCCAAUCAGGUCAUCAAUAAGAAUCGCAUUCCACCCGGUGGAUUCUCAUCAGGUCUUUGGUAAAUAGAGUUUAUCGCCUGUGUAUUGUUCGUUCCGCGUUUAGGAAAAAAACCAACAGCAGAGAAGCGAGGGUCUGAGAUGAAGUGAUGAAACCGAAAAAGGAUAAAAAAAGAGAACAAUUAUAUAACAACACACAACCAACCAACACACAAAGAAAAACUAAACUAACCGAACAUCAUCAAAGCAUAUAUACGAUGAAAAAAUGCAGUUAAAGCAGCAUUAAAUCCUGCAUGUUUUUAUAACGAUAAAGCAACGGAUGGAUGGAUAGAUGGAUGAAUGAUGAGUAGCUGCGGUGGAUAUAAUUGACAGUGUGAGGAAAGCAAUUUAAGAAGAGAACCAGCAAUGAGAAAUAGGAACAUUGAAAAUUAACAAAAUUUCCAUUAAAAAAAACGGUAGAAACACAAAUUAUUGAAGGAUGCAAGAAUAAUUAGUAUUUAAGAGCUAAUCAAGCAGAAAUUUAGAAAACCCAGGACACAGACACACACACAAACACACGCCAACACUGUUUUACAGUAAAACAGAAAAGCAUUUUAUCCAAACAUUAACGUACAUAGUACAUAUGUAUGUAGGUAAUAUGGUUACCAAUGCGAUGAACUCUCAAAAGUUAACGUCAGAGAAACUGGCAAGCGAGGAAUAAGGGAAAUGCAAUCAAAAAAAUUAAUGCAGCAAAAAAUUAAUUAGUGUUUAAAUGACAUAAAAUUAAUAAAAAUUAAAAACUUGAAGCAAUAUUGAGCAAAAUGCAAUUACAUGAAAUAAGAACAACUCUUCUGUGUAAUAAUAUUGACAACAACUCUUCUACAAGUGACAAAUGUUCAUAGCAAAAUUGAGUUUUAUGCAUUCAAGCAUAAAAUCUAUAAUUUUCCAAAAUGUAAACAGCGCGAAAGACACAAAAAACUGCAUGGCAUUUGGCAUUUUCGUACCAUCAACAUCAACACCAACACAAACACAUUUUCAACUCGAAAUUUUAUUUUACAUUACAUGUCGUCAGUUUCACGCCUUCAUCAAUACUCCCUGCAUACAUACUUCACAUAUAAACACAACCUAAACGUGUACGAAAAAUGUUCAUUCAACGAACUGCAGCUCGAAAAAAAACAAACAGCUCAACGAACUUAUACAAAUGACGACGUCGAUAUAUAGACGAUUGAAAGUUGUUGCUUUAGAAUUAUAAAAAAAAAAAAACAGAAACUAAAUUUAAAAAGUAUUUGCUCAAUUUAAAGCUGCAGUUUGUGGAAAAGGUGUAUACAAAAAAAAAA